AACGCUAGAAGGAAACCAAACUGUGAACUGUGUGAUCCCCGCCCACCUCUCUCCAGAGGCGUGCCUAGAGGGAGGCGGCGGCCCAGCGCCGCUGAGCCGCUCUCUGCAAUGCUGGUGCUGUGGGUGUCGGUGGUCGCAGCCACAGCGCUGGCAGCCCCAGACCCCGGGGCAGGUGGGCAGAGGCGAGGAGCUGCUGGGGUUUGGCCCGUUGCACCCAACGUGGUGCUAGUCGCGAGCGACUCCUUCGAUGGAAGGCUGACAUUUUAUCCAGAAAGUCAGGUAGUGAAACUUCCUUUUAUCAACUUCAUGAAAGCACAUGGCACCUCCUUUCUGAAUGCUUACACAAACUCUCCAAUCUGUUGCCCAUCACGUGCAGCAAUGUGGAGUGGCCUCUUCACUCACUUAACAGAAUCAUGGAAUAACUUUAAGGGCCUAGAUCCAAAUUAUACAACAUGGAUGGAUAUCAUGCAGAAGCAUGGCUACCAAACACAAAAGUUUGGAAAACUGGACUACACUUCGGGACAUCACUCCAUUAGCAAUCGCGUUGAAGCAUGGACAAGAGAUGUUGCUUUCUUACUCAGACAAGAAGGCAGGCCUAUGGUUAAUCUUAUCCCUAAAAAGACUAAAGUCAGAAUAAUGGAAGAAGACUGGAAGAAUACAGACAGAGCAGUAAAUUGGUUAAGAAAGGAAGCAAGUAAUUACACUCAACCAUUUGUUCUGUACUUGGGAUUGAAUUUACCACAUCCAUAUCCUUCACCAUCGUCAGGAGAAAAUUUUGGAUCUUCAACAUUUCACACAUCUCUUUACUGGCUUAAAAAGGUAUCUUAUGAUGCCAUCAAAAUCCCCAAGUGGUUACCUCUGUCUGAAAUGCACCCUGUAGAUUAUUACUCUUCUUAUACAAAAAACUGCACUGGAAAGUUUACAGAAAAAGAAAUUAAGAAUAUUAGGGCCUUUUAUUAUGCUAUGUGUGCCGAGACAGAUGCCAUGCUUGGAGAAAUUAUUUUAGCUCUUCACCAGUUAGACCUUCUUCAGAAAACUAUUGUCAUAUACACCUCAGACCACGGAGAACUGGCCAUGGAACAUCGUCAGUUUUAUAAAAUGAGUAUGUAUGAAGCUAGUGCUCAUGUUCCACUGUUGAUAAUGGGACCAAGAAUUAAGGCCAACCUACAAGUAUCAAAUGUGGUUUCUCUUGUGGAUAUUUACCCUACUAUGCUUGAUAUUGCUGGAGUUCCUCUGCCUCAGAACCUGAGUGGAUACUCGUUGUUGCCAUUAUCAUCAGAAACGGUUAAGAAUGAACCUGAAUUCAGAAACCUACAUCCACCCUGGAUUCUAAGUGAAUUCCAUGGAUGCAAUGUGAAUGCUUCCACCUACAUGCUUCGGACUAACCAGUGGAAGUAUAUAGCAUACUCUGAUGGUACUUCAGUAUUGCCUCAACUCUUUGAUCUUUCCUCGGAUCCAGAUGAACUAACAAAUAUUGCUACAAAAUUUCCAGAGAUUACUUAUUCUUUGGAUCAAAAGCUUCGUUCCAUUAUCAACUACCCUAAGGUUUCUGCUUCUGUCCACCAAUACAACAAAGAAGAGUUUCUCAAGUGGAGACGAAGUGUAGGGCAAAACUAUUCAAAUGUUAUAGGGAACCUCAGGUGGCAUCAGGACUGGCUGAAAAAACCAAGGAAGUAUGAAAGUGCAAUUGAUCAGUGGCUUAACACCCACUCUAAUCCAAAAAAAAAUCUGAACAAAAGUUAGAAAAUAAUGUUCUAGAGCAACAUACGGAGAUAUGCUAAGAGAUCGUGAUUAAUUUUUAUGUCUGUUCUAAUACUUACUGAUUUUUGGUUACUUUUAAAGAAUGUAUUCUAUUUUAGGGGCACCUGGGUGGCUCAGUCGGCUAAGCGUCCGACUUUGGCUCAGGUCGUAAUCUCGCGAUCUGUGGGUUCAAGCCCCACAUCAAGGCUCUGUGCUGACA